UAGGAUGAUUCAUUAUAUACAAAUGAAAAUUCCUAUUUCUUGUCCUCUGCCCUCGAUACUUUGUCAUAUACUUCACUGUUAUAUUUGUCUAUUUACUUUACUUUUCCACGAUCCCUACGAACAACGGUUUAUCUAUUUUUUUUAAUUCUCCUCUCUUUGAUCAAAUUUUCACCUAGGUGAAUAAACAUCGAAGCAAUAAUGUUGCUCAAAGCCUGUUUCGCAGCCUUGAUUGCCAGCACUGCCUCUGCUCAUACCCACGGCCACGGUCAUGAGCGUCGCCAUCAAGAUAUUCAACCAAGCAGUAGCAGCACUGUUGGCCCUGCGCCCCUUCCUACAGACAAACCUCAAUUUGGCGGCGUGACUCCUCCAACGGGCUCUGACAUUUCAUACUGCGGCAACCACGGUAACCCAUACGGCAGCAACAUUCUUGUCAUCGAUGAGAAGUGGGUUCCCGACUUCGACUAUGUCACACGGAUGACUUUGCCUGCUAGCACUACCGAAUCAUGGAACGUUGUGGUUUGGAAUAAAUGUGGUACCGAUGGCGGCCUCAACGGCGACUUCGGAGAGUGGGUUCAAAACUUUACGAUUCAACCAGGCGAAACCAAGUACAUUGCUUUCGACGUCGAUACAGCGGGUGGAUGGUGUGCUUCUCCUGGUGACAAAGUCAUCCUUAACGAAUGGGGCAGUUGCUCCAGCACAUGGGGUGAAUUUGAAUUUGCCCAUGCGUCCACUAAAGCCUCUGGAUUUGACGUCUCUGUUAUCCAGGCUCAAAAUGCCCACUUCACUGUACAAGGUAUGAAUAUAUGUGCUACGGGUACAGACACAUGUUCAUCCAUCACAAAUUCGGGAGUUGUGAACAAUGCCUACACUGCUGCCGAAGCCUAUAAUCCUAGCCUUGGUGGGCACUUGAAUCCCGGGAAAGUAACCCUGGACUGCACGCUCAAUUACUCGGGCUAAAGAAUUUCUUUCAAAAGUUCGUUCGGGCUAUAACUUUCUCAUUUUCAAUUCAAUUCAUUCCUCUUCCUUUUCCAUUCUUUUCUCUUCUUAUACACAUCUAAGUUCCAAUCUUAGAAUUU